UACACCGACUUUUCAGGAAUCCGGAGGUACAUUGCAGUUUGCCAUUAAGUAUUGUGUAGGCGUAGAAGAGUACUGGGACAAUAAUAAGGGAAACAACUACGAGAUAAAAAGCCACAGGAUGAAAGUCUCUCCACCAAAAGAAUGGGAAAACGCUUGGAUUCACUUCAUAUAAUCCAUGCGUUGAAGGUCUUCAGUGUGUGUGUGCAAGGAUGGAUAUACUGUGAAGGAUGUGGGCUCGCCCAUAGUGGAGUGUGCUGUUUGUACUGGCACAGCUUCCCAAGACAAAAGAAGAUGCUUAAAGUGCCUCCAUGGAAAUGUUUGUACUUGCACAGCAGGUCAGACUCAAGCUGUGCUCUGACACACAGAAGAAACUUGAUGCAGCGUAUCUCUUCGGGACGUCCUAUAGUCUUACAAAUUCCGGAGCUCCUCAGCCAGUUUCCCCAGCCUGUGUUUUAUGAGCUGUUCCUUCAGUACAGUGAUAGUCAGGGCAAUGAGUCUUUGUGGCCAGUUCCAGUCAUGAGCAGCCCAGGCAGCUCUCAAGUUCAGCAGAGAUUCUUCUUGGUAGAUGGAUUGACAGGAAGACAGGAUAACCUGAACAGUAAACCUCAAUAUGUCACCUAUGCCAGCAAACUAGUCCUGAGUGUGUAUCAGCCCAUUAGCAGCCCUGGUAAUGAUUCCCCCUUCAAAAUGACAGUACAGUGCACCACAGUGGACAACAACAGAGAGCCAAGCCCAGGUAGCAUGCGCUGUCACCUAAAGUAUGAACCAGGACUCAAAGAGAAUGAAUACUUUUAUAAAUUGCUCUGGCAGUACUGAGCGGACUCUCCAUGUUCGUUGCUAUGCUGGAGACCAGCAGCUGGAGCCACAGGCACGGGCAGCAGUUUAUCAACUGCACAGGAAGGACUGAGUCAUAUUUUCUCAGUGUCUCUUGCCACCUCUGUAACACACAGCUGAAAAUAGAGAACACGUAAAAAUAUAUGUUUCAAUUAUAUUACUAGUAUAAAUAGAAAAAUUCUUCAUAAUUAUUAUUAAAAGUCAAACAUCACACCCUGAACAGAAUCUCUCCCACUGAACCUGUCUACAUGAACUUCAAUAGUUUGCAGGGAAUCCAGUUGGAUUACAUUUCCUUGGUUCAGGCUGGAUAGUUAACUAUGGUAAUCCACUAUUUAGCCACUAGGUGAUGCUGCUCACAUGUUUUUUGCCUUUUUCAUACAGAGUUUUUCCCCUAGAAUUCUUAAAGUGAGCAGUCAAUGCAUUCAAAUAUUGCUUCAGAAUAGGAAAGAAGAACCUUGAUGGAUUGUAAUAAGAAUAUAUAUUUUAUUUAAAUCGUUCUUUUCACAGAUCAAAACUUUAGUUUCCCCCAAAAAAGGGUUUCUUUACUAAAUAAUAAUCUAUGCUAUAUAAAAAUAAUAAUAAUACAAUUGCAUAAGAGGUACCAGAGAGAUAAUUUAAACUCUAAAGUGUGACAUAUGAAGAUAUGGGACCCUUUACUAUAUCUCCAUCGCCAGGAUUAUACAUCCUUUGUGGGAUAUCUUGUAUCCUACCAAAUUAACUAACAAAGCAAAAGAGGGGAAUGCUUUUUCAUACAGCAGGAUGCGUCAUUUGUUUUGGACAUCAGUUAAUUCAUGACAUGUAAAACCUGGUGGCGGUAAGGCUUACCCAACGAGGGUUAAAGAAACUACACUGGACUGAACGUAUUUCAAAUGAUGCUGUCAUUUGCAUCAUUUGAAAUAUGACUGAAUAUAUUUAAAAUGAUGCAAAUGAUGCAAAUGAUGUUUAAUAAACAAAAAAACUAACAAAAAAAAGUUGAAGGACAAACUCGUCUUAGAGAAGAUUAUGAACUAUGAAUUCCAGCGGCCAUUUGAAAAGGAGCAUGUUCUACAAUGGUAAGUACUGUAUAUCUAAACCUGACCAGUACAAACCAUCUUUGCCUAUAUAAAGCACACCUUUUAGCCCACAUUGUACACAUUAUAACUUUGUCAUGGUAAACUUUUCUAAGCAAGCCAAGUAUCUGUACACUAUUCUUUCAGCAAGGAGCAUGGCUCCAGUCUGGACUAAUGAGGACAAAGCAUGUCUAAUUGGAUCAGUUAUCAACGUCCCGCAGCAGCAUCACCUAGUGGCUAAACUGCAUUGCCACAGGUCACCACACUAGCAUAGCUCAACUGAGUUGUUAAAUAAAACAUUUAAUAUGAGCAGUGACACACAGCUACCCUCACAGCUAGUACCACAGAUUAUGGGCCCAGCAGUGCAGUAUAGUUCAGGGUCACCACACCUUGAGGGAGUAAGAAAAUCUGCCUCAAAUCUGUGGGGGGGCUAUUGCCUGGCCAUUGGGGCAAUUAAGAACCCAACUCUUAAACUGAAAUGUACUGGUUAUUUAAGAAUGACACCUUGUAUGUUGAGCCAGUCAGAGGAACUGUUAUUGCAUAGGACCCACUGAACAAUCAAUCAGGUAGGUACCAAAGUACACUUUGAAGACACUAAUGCCCAUUAAAUCUCUGCUUUAACUAUAUAGCUAUAGGAUUUACCCUUAAGAUUUUUUUGUCAGAAGUUCCUUAACUUUGUCAGUCUCAAAGACAAAUCUCAGGAUUGACACAAAUGUCACUGAUAUACUUUUUGUGGCAAAGAGGAUAUGCUUUGUCAGAUGAGAAAAUGAAGUGUGACGCCUCACCCUCUGGGACAGAACAGGAAUGGAUAUCUGUCUCUCAAUUCCUAUGUAGCUUAAGGGCUCUGUUGAUUUUUUGCCUGCCUGCUCAGGUGGACUUUUACAGCUGCAGGGAGACCUAUGGGAUUCAGCAACCUAACAUGUCGCCAUAGCAGCUGUUUAAGUUGAGUCAUUGCUGAUCAUGCCUGUUAGCUUUAUGCCCCAAUGCCCCAAGUGCUUUUGUUAACCACUGCCUUUUCUGUAAGAUUAUCAUAAAUAUAUGGAGAUGGUAAAAGCUGGCCUUUUGACAGUCCCGAGGGCUAGACUAAAUACUUUUACUGACUUGGCUUUUACUUUUAUGCCCCCACACUACCAGAGUGCAGAGAUGGAUGACACAUCUCAAAGAAAGAAAAUACAUCUCUUUGAUUUAGCUCUAUAAACAUGCUGUUGGCAUAUAAAGUCCAGGCAUUCGUGUACUAUUCAAGAAACAUGCCAAAUUCUGUCCGUUUCUUACAGGUGGCAUGGUAAAGAGUUAUUGGAAAACUAAUGAAAACAUGCUGAGUGCUUGUAUUUUUUUCUUUGCUUCAGAUCCAGAUGGCAUUGUCUUCAGCAAUGUUCUUUAUUUUGGGAAUGAGCUUGCUCUCCUGCUGUUUGACACACUGCUCUUCUGUAUUAUCAACCUCGAGACUCAGGGCAUUGUGCUGGCUACAAUCAUUUAAUAUCUUGUACAGCAGGUAGUCAAAAUAAUGAUUCAAAUCAUUUAAUUUGUAUCAUUUUUCAAAUUGAAACUGGUAUAAAGCUGUCUUGUUGUUUUUAAUAGUGGUGCAUGCUGUAUAUACUGUAUGUACAUUUGUAAUUCAGUCAUUUUAACUUGUAUUUAUGUUUCUAAUUCCUUGUUGUAGUUGCUGGAGAUGCUCCAGUAUUGUAUUGCAAGAAAUAACCUCGCCAAAAAGACAUUGGUGGACCAGUGCUUUCUGAGCUAAAGAAAUUAUUAUUUAUUUAUUUAUUUUUUUAGAAGAUGAAUGUUAUUAUAAUAAAAAAAGCUUAAACCAAUAUUUACCUGUAAAUAUUUAGUUCUUCAUAUCUAUAGUUUGUAUACAGAUGUAUAUUUUAUAUUUAAAUAUAUAUUUCUGUAUCUCUCAUUUGGUUGAAUUUUUCUUAUAAACAAUAGAAUGAUUGUUAAUGUUGUGUUAAGUACUUAAUGGGAUAUCACUACCAUACCAAAAAUUGCAUUAAUAAUUCUUCUGCAGUGUCCCCAGUCAUAUUCAUUUUUUCAAUAAAAUAUAAUUAUUAAAAGCAUAUUCAUUAUUGUGUAUGCUGUUGGUCCUGUGCUGACAUUUUGAUGAUGGCAUACACUGUUCAAUGUUCCCUCUGUAUUUCUCUAUAUGACUUUGUGGCAAUGUGCCCCAUCCCUGUGUGCAUUUCUGUGUUAUAUGUUGCAUGUAGUGUGUUAAUGUUGGUGUAUAGAUAUGGCUGCACAGGAUAUAAAUGGGUGUGUGUAGCACAAGUUAUUUAAAAUGUAAAAUUGUAUUUAGGCACGGGGAUUGCACUUCACGUGCAUUUAAAGUAUUUAAUAUGUGAGCACGGGGUUGCACAGAAUUAGUUCACGUGCUGGGAUUAAAGUGAAUAAUUAAUUAGCAAUUGAAUCUCGGCACAACAGUAUAUAUAGAUGCACGUUUUACUUACUCGGGGUUGUGUGUUCGGUGAGUGGAGAACGGGUGUGGAGAGGAGGUAAAAUAAUAAGUGUUUAGACUCACCGUGUUUGUUUGUCUGUCUGUCCACUGUUUGUUUAGUGUUAAUCCGUUUUGUUUGUCUAUUUUAUUUGGCCUCAAGGUCCGUGUCCUGUUUUCUCUUUAAAACUUUUAUUUGUUUCAUUAAACCUACUGAGCGCAGCCAUUGCGUUUUCAGUUUCA